CAGCAGCUUGAAUGUUUCUUGAUUAGCCGUACCAAAUCAAGUUAAAUCUAUAAAGACGCUAUAUAAUUUUUACAUCACAUUCUUGGUUACCUGUGUAAUAGUUAUCUUUCUGUAUGCGUUCAUCUUUAAAUCUACUGUUUCUGAUGAAAUUUACAAAAAUUGUGUCGAACUUUGAUUUGACAUAUGUACCAUUUACACUCAAAUUUACAAAAUUAACAAUUGAAUUAUAUUUUCGCCACACAAUUACACCAUUCGUAGCUUUGUCAAUUUUGACAUAUAAUAUCACAAGCAUGAAUUUUUAUACUUAUUGUAAAUGGCAUCGUAUAAUAUUGUAUUUUAUAUUUUACUAAUGUAUUAUUUGAUAGGCAUGUAAACUUUAUAUUCUUAUUAGAAUUUUUAUUUUCAUUCUAUUUCACGAGGGCAUUAGCUUUUGUAGCUACACUCAAAUUUGGGUUUGAAUAAAGGUUAUGAUCAGUAAAACAAGAAAAUUUUGUUUAUUGUAAAAGAAUGUUUGGGGUUAGUAGCACUUUAAGCCCCCUGAUUUUAGAACCAGGUAUAGUCUAUGUACAAAGUAGAGUUCAUCUUUCAAGCAGACCGUUUUCCUGUUUCAUUGACAUAAGCCCCGUUCCCUUCCCCCACAUACCGUUCUCGCCGGCUUGAAGUGUGGAUGUAAGCCAACGCAAGUCCCCCCACCCGUCACACGUACACCCUUAGUAUGUUGUGAAGAAAAAGCUGAAUUUACCUUCUCUUUAGGCCCACUCAGUAAGUCGUAACUCUUUAAUUUAGGGUGAGCAAGAACAUCAAUCACCAUUGGAGGCGUUCCAUUCAAAGUGUCACAACUGGAAGAGAAACAAACCUCUUGGAAAAGUUUCCUUUCUGCCACUCUGUUCGCUGUUCGCUUUCUACGGUUAUGAUGGCGGCGAUAUCAACCAGAGGGCCAGGAAUACUGAACUCUGCAGCAAAAUGCAAUCAUCUUCGGUUUUAUUUCCAGUGGAUGCAAAGAUUCUCCAAGCCAGUAUCAUGUGGAUUUUGCAGAAGGGUUCGCUACUCAUCCACAAGUUCUCAUGAGAAGCUCCAGUUUAGUUAUUGUCAAGGAAUAUCUUCAAAACCUUUCAUUGGUGAAACAAUUGGACAAAGACUGGACAAGACAGUAGAGAAAUUCCCAGAUCGUGAAGCUUAUGUCUGCUGUGAAGACAACAAAAGGGCCACAUUUGCUGAAUUCCAGGGAGAGGUGGAUCGCCUUGCCGCAGGACUUCUUGCUAUGGGAUUCAAGAAAGGUGACCGUGUAGGAAUUUGGGGCCCUAACAUGAGAGAAUGGGUCAUUACUCAAUUUGCCACAGCCAAGGCUGGAUUGAUAUUGGUAAACAUUAACCCUGCUUAUCAAACUCCAGAAGUUGAAUAUGCUUUGAAAAAGGUUGGCUGUAAAGCGAUCAUUAUGGCUGACAGCUUUAAAACUCAAGAUUACUACAACAUGUUGACGCACAUUGUACAUGAACUACCACAGUCAAAACCAGGCAAUCUCUUCAACAAUAGAGUUCCUGAUCUCAAGCUAGUCGUAAUGGCUUGUAAAGACCAUCAACGAACUUUCAGUGGUACAAUGUCAUUUCAAGAGUUGAUGGAGAGUGGAGGGACAGAAGAGAGAAGAAAGUUGGUUGAGUUACAAAAUGAACUUCAAUGUGAUGAUCCAAUCAACAUCCAGUUUACUUCAGGUACAACUGGUAACCCAAAAGGAGCUAUACUCUCUCACCACAGCAUCCUCAACAAUUCGUAUUAUGUGGGAGAAGUUUUGGAAUAUGAGAAUCAGUACUCCAGAAUAUGUAUUCCUGUUCCACUUUACCACUGCUUUGGGAUGGUGCUCGGAAGUUUAAUGAGUGCUACAUACGGAACCACCUCAGUUUAUCCAUCUCGAGGGUUUGACGCUGGCGCCGUUCUGACAGCCAUUCAACAGGAAAAGUGUAAUUCUCUUUACGGUACGCCUACGAUGUUUAUUGAUGUCCUGAAUCACCCGGCGUUGGAAAAGUUUGAUGUUAGCAGUCUUCGCACUGGUAUUAUGGCUGGCUCACCGUGUCCUAUUGAGGUUAUGAAACAAAUUAUAACGAAGCUUCACAUGCCACAAGUUACGAUCUGCUAUGGUUUAACUGAAACAAGCCCUGUCACCACACAGACACUAAUGGAUGACCCGAUAGAUUUGCGAGUUUCUACGAUUGGACGCGUUCAUCCAAAUAAUGAGGUGAAAAUCGUGGACAGUGAUGACCGUGUGGUACCUGUCAACUCCGCAGGGGAGAUUUGCUUUCGAGGUUACAAUGUCAUGCUGGGAUACUGGGAUGACAAGGAAAAGACUGACGCCUGCAUUGACCCCAGCGGUUGGUUCCACAGUGGGGAUUUGGCCACAAUGGAUGAGAAUGGAUACAUAAAGGUCAUUGGAAGAAUAAAGGAUCUUAUUAUCCGUGGAGGGGAAAAUAUUUAUCCAACAGAAGUGGAACAAUUUUUGUACACACAUCCUAAAAUACAGGAUGUUCAGGUGAUCGGUGUUCCGGACCCUCGAUUGGGAGAAGAAGUCUGUGCAUGGAUCAAGUUGCACGCAGGUGAAACAGCCACACCAGAAGAAAUAAAAGAAUUUUGUAAAGGCCAGAUCUCUCACUUUAAGAUUCCUCGCUAUAUCAAGUUCGCUGAUGAAUUUCCUCUCACUGUAACGGGAAAGGUUAAGAAGUUUGUUAUGAGAGAGAGAACCAAAGAAGAGCUGAACCUUUAGACUAAGAAGAGAUGACUACAAGGAAAGAUUUUAAGACGACAAUCUCCAAUGUGCAGUGGCUGGACCAUACGGGUCAUGCCCAGAAACUCUAGCGAAAUGCGUUGAGGAUAGUUUCCUCUGGCCAAUCCUGUCUAAUUUUAUGAAACAAUUUCAAAGGGUGCCUCCUUGAUUUAAGCACUCUAAUAACGUGAAAUUAUUUUAUUCUUGUAUUUAUAAAGAAAAUUACAUCUCGUGAAUUAAAUUUUCAAGGUGACACGUAGAAUAGACAAAGGUUUCUUGGACAUUUUUAUUAAAAUUGAUGAACCGGGGAGGAAUACAAUAGAUAAAAGUCGUAGUGAGAGAACGGUUGUCACUAGCAUAGAGACAAUUUCGUUUGAAGGACGUGUAGAAGAAAAAAAAUGCUGAAAUCUGAACCGUACAAAGUCAAACUAAACAUAAAAAGUUGCUACAUGGUGAUCACGACAUUUUCUUGGUUACUUGAGUAAUAAUUAGUUUUCUUCAUGUGUUCUUGAAUCGACUGUUUCUGAUGAAAUUUACAAAACUCUGAUUGGGUCGAAUUUUGGAUGGUCAUAUGUACCAUUUAAACAAAGUUUAGCCACACAAACUACACUAGUAUUAAAAGCAUAUUAAAACGAUUAAAAUAGGUUUUACGUACAAGUACAUAUUUUCACUGCGCUCUUACCGUAAUCCUCUAUUAAGCCCCCCUCUAGUAAGCCCCCCACCCCCCUCUAAAAAAAAUCUAAAAUAAACACUCCAUUUCGGUAAGUACGAUGAAUUUAUUCAAGUACUGUAAUUUUAGUUCGUCAUUCACAAUUGAAUCUGGUGAGUAAGUGAUUGAUGUUAUCAUGUUGGCUGGCAUCAAUAGGGUACGGUAUACGUGGUACAUCUAGUUUUGGAUGAAGAUGAUGAAACGAUUGGUGUUGAAUUGUAAUCGAGCCUUACUAGUAGAUAAAUCAUUUCAUUACUGUUAUUCAUUUGACU